CUGGAUUGGGUGUGAAAUAGCUAACGAGCACUGGAUUGACUUAUGAUAUAGUCAUAGGCAGAUCAAGAGUUGUUGCCCUAGAAUGGCGAUUAGCGGGAGUGGGGCGCCAAAGGUGAAGGAACACGAACCUUGUCGUAAAGGUUCAACCGACACUAUCUCCGAGGAAUACUCCUCUUGUUGAUUAAGUUUUGACUUUGUUGGGUUUCUACAGUAAACGGAAAUGUCUAGUGGUCAAUCUCAACCAAGAACUCAGCUUGGGAGGAUCCGACGCAAAUAUAAAGGGAAAGUGAAAAUCGAAAAUGUAGUCAUAAUUGAUCGAGAGACUGAUGAGGUGCAUACUGCUACAGUUGGUGGCGUACCAGAAUCUUCUAAUCCCGAGGAUUGGAAUGCAAUGCUGAAAGAUAGCAAAAUACAACAUAGGAGGAUCAUAAGCAUUGAUGACGACGAUGAUGGAUACUUCAAUGCUGGAAAUAAUAAUAAAGCUGGUGCUGGUAAUGAUGCCUGCAGUGAAAAGAAGACCAAUUGGAAGGAAACUUACUAUCAAAAGAAAAACCUCUCGAAAAACCAUACUACCUCAUAUCCCAUUUUUGAGAGUGAUUCAUCAUCUGAAAAUGACUCUUCCGAAUGUGAGGUUAUGGAAGGGUCUAUUGGAAAAAUCCGCGAGCAGUGGGAAAAAGCUGCUUUCACAAAGAAUAUGUAUGGGGACAUUAGAAGAGGCCAGACUGGAUUGGAGGACCGAGCUAGUACUACUGACUCGAGCAGUGACACUGAAAUGUACUGCAAGGGAAAAGCUUCAGCUGCACGUCACUGCAAGGGAAAAGCUUCAGCUGCACGUCAUAGAGAAUUACCAACUUGUUCCAGUUCCAGUAGUUCUCCGAUUGGUGAUGACAUCCACAUAGACCGUUUCUGUGAUCUGGAUGAAAACCAUUCUACUGAUGAUUCAGCCCAAAAUGCUGACCUUCCUUGGUGGCGCAACAAUAAGGUUACUCCUGGGAGAGAUUGUUUUAAGGUAAAAGAGGAAAAAAAUCCUGCAGAAUCCUGCGAUAUUCAAGUGCAGACAAGGAAGAAAACAUGCUUUAAUUAUAGGAAUGCUAAAUUUACUUCUAAAGUAAAUACUUAUCAUUAUGGCCCUCAGUUGAACAAAACUGAGGUUAGCCAGGACAGUGUAUAUAUAUGGGAUGAAGAUGAAGGAAUUUUUCGAGAACCUUCUAAACGGCGUACUGCACGGUCAAGUGAUGAAGUAGUUGUCAACAACGGUGCAACUUGUUCUGAGCGCAAAGACGAACUGUCAAGUGAUAAAGCAGUUGUUAACAAUGGUGCAACUUUUUCUGGGCGGAAUGACGAACCUAUUCCUUAUGGAAGAGAGGAAUAUAAGGAGACGGAUGAGCAUAAGCGUGCGAUGGCAGAAGAAUGGGCAUCCAGGAGGGAACAGUUACAAAUUCAGUCACAAGAGGCAAAAAAGUUGAGGAAGAGAAGAAGAGCGGAAAAACUUCGGAUAUUAGAUGUGGAAAGUAGGCAGAAAAAGCGGGUGGAAGAAUUAAGAGAAAUCAUGACAAAGGCCGAGGAAAAUAUCAACUUAAAAGAGAGAAUUCGCGUUGAAAUAAGGAAUAAACUCGAUAAGCUGGAAAUGCAGUGUACUGAUAUGGCAUCACUACUUCGUAGAUUGGACAUCCAUGUAGAAGGUGGCUCCAACCCGCUGCCCCGUGAGGUACAUGCAGCUUACAGAAAAGCCUUGCUGAGAUUCCAUCCUGAUAGAGCAUCAAAAACUGAUAUUCGUCAGCAAGUUGAGGCAGAGGAGAAAUUUAAGCUUAUUUCCAAGUCAAAGGAGAAGCUCCUUAAAACUUCAUGACAUGCAAAUAAAGACGUAAUGUUCUGAAUUUUGUGCAAUAUUUGUUAACCAAGUUCAAAUUUCUGUUUCCAGAUAUCCAUUCAUAAUUGAGAUUUAUAGGAGGAAUAAUAUCACCUUGUAUUAGGAUAAUUAUUCAUGUACAGCAGUGUUUGAGAUUCCAGAUAUAUUAAAUACCAAUACCCGCACAAAUGAUUACUUCUGUUUGCUGUGUAAUCCCAAGGAGAGUGAAAAACAUUGUCAAGCUUGUAUGAAUACUUCAAUUAUAUAUAUAUUUAUUUGGAGAAAAUACUUCUA